CAAUGGCCACAGACUUAGUCAAAUAAACCAUUUUUAAUUCCUCACUUAAUAAUGAAUGAUUGGCCUUACUAGACUAAACAAUCAAUCUCACUGGAAUUAAGAGUGAAUGAAUACUUCCAUUCUCAUGGAGAAAUCAUGGUUCUUCAUCUUUUCUGCAUCCUUUUUUCUCUUUCUCUUUCUCUUUCUAAUUUUGAAGCAAUUUCUAGUAAAACCAACACCAUAUAAGAAUCUCCCACCAAGUCCUCCUUCAUUUCCGAUAAUUGGGCAUCUUCAUCUCCUGAAACAACCCAUCCACAGAACACUACACAGUCUGUCAAACAAAUAUGGUCCAAUUUUGAAUCUUUCAUUCGGUAAUCGCAGAGUGCUGCUCGUAUCUUCCCCAUCGGCAGCAGAGGAAUGCUUUACUAAUUCUGAUAUCGUCUUUGCCAAUAGACCCCGUCUUCUUGCCGGCAAGUACCUAACCUAUGACUACACCACCAUGGUGGCCGCCCCUCAUGGUGAUCAUUGGCGCAAUCUCCGCCGCCUUGCUUCACUUGAAUUCUUCUCAACCAGUCGCCUUAACAUGUUUUUGGGUCUUAGGCAGGAUGAGAUCUUGUUUUUAAUUAAAAUGCUAUAUCAAAGUUGCCGGCAAAAUUUCACGAAAGUGGAGAUGAAGUCAAAGUUAUUCGCGUUGUCUUUUAACAUCAUCAUGAGGAUGGUUUCCGGGAAAAGGUAUUUUGGUUUGGAAAUUGGUGAGUCUGAGGAGGCUAAGCGUUUCCGAGAAAUUAUAAGGGAGAUUUUUGAAGUUAGUGGAGCAUCAAAUCCAGGGGAUUUCUUGCCCUUUUUACGAUGGCUAGAUUUCCAGAGCCAUGAAAAAAGAAUAAUAACAGUACAUAGUAAGUCUGAUAGAUUUAUGCAGAACUUGAUUGAUGGGCAUCGAAACAAAAGAAAUUGUUCAGCUGGAGAAAGAAGAAUCGACACAAUAAUCGAUUCAAUGCUGUCUUUACAAGAUUCUCAGCCUGAGUACUACUCUGAUGAAAUUAUCAAAGGCAUGGUGACGACACUGUUACUUGCAGGCACAGACACAUCCGCAGUGACUAUGGAAUGGGCAAUGUCACUUCUCCUGAACCAUCCUGAAGUGCUAAAGAAAGCCAGAGCUGAGCUUGAUAAUCUUGUUGGUCAUGAUCGUUUAGCAGAAGAACCUGAUUUGGCCAAGUUGCCUUAUCUCCAAUGCAUAAUCAAUGAGACUCUGCGACUGUUUCCAGCAGCACCACUUCUAGUGCCGCAUGAAUCAUCCGAUUACUGCAGAAUCGGUGGGUACGAUGUACCCCCAUCAACAAUGCUGUUUGUUAAUGCAUGGGCUAUACAUAGAGAUCCCAAAGUCUGGGAGGAUCCCACAAGUUUCAAGCCAGAAAGAUUUGAAAGAUUAGAUGGUGUGGGUGAGGCUUAUAACUUUAUACCAUUUGGGCAAGGAAGAAGAGCGUGCCCUGGGGCUGGCCUUGCAAAUAGGGUAAUGGGGUUAGCAUUAGCCAGUUUGAUUCAGUGCUUUGAGUGGGAGAGAAUUAGCGAAGAGGAAGUGGACCUGACAGAAGGAACCGGUAUUACUAUGCCCAAAGCCAAGCCACUUCAAGCUAUGUUCAAAGCUCGCGAGUCUAUGUUCAAUGUCCUUUCAAAGCUAUGAUAGUCGCUUUGAUUGCUUUUGUAUCUUAUUAAUAAUAUUGCAGUCUUCCUUUGUAAUGAAAUCUAUAGGAUUUAAAAGUUGUUUAUGGCUUCCCUAUCUUCUUGUAUAGAGGUUGAUUUGAUGUUUAUAUCGGAUUUCAAAGUUGUUUA